CCCCCCAGGUCUCUCGGGGCUCUUCGAGACGGGACUCCAUCAUGCCAGCAGCGCCACCCCUGAUGCCUCCGUCAUGAACCUCAUCUCGGCGCUGGAGUCGCGGGCCCCCCAGCCCGGCCCCUCGGCCUCCUCGCUGCUCUCCCAGUUCCGCACCCCCUCCUGGCAGACAGCAUUGCAUGCUCCGGCCCCCGCUGAGCUCUUCAUCUCGGGCGCCAUCCCCGGCUCGGGCACCUUCCCGUCGUCCUCGGCGCUGUCGGCCUACCAGCACCCGGCCUCCUUCAGCGGGCGCAGCUUCCCGGUCACCUCCUCGCUCAGCCUGCAGGACGCGGCCUUCAGCCCCAGCUCCAACGGGCUCCUGUCCCCGCAUGACCCGCUGCUGCACAUCAAAUCCUCCCAGGCCAGCGUCCCCUCCUCCCUCAGCUUCGACCGGCUGGGCAGUGCCGUGCUGGGCACCGGGCUGCCCUCCCAGAGCUCGGCCUACCGCAGUGCCCAGGAGUCGGCCUCCCGCCACCUGCCCUCCCAGUUCAACCUGCUCUCGUCCUCCCUCGGGCCCCCCUCGGACCAGUCCUCGCAGCUGUACAACACCUCGGUCUUCUCCAGCUCGCCCGCCGCCUCCAUGGAGCGGGCCAUCCCCCGGCAGGACAGCGUCAUCAAGCACUACCAGCGCCCCUCCAGCGCCCAGCCGCAGCUGCCCGCAGCUCACUCCCUGCAGCACUACCUGAGCUGCGGGGGCAGCUACCAGCAGAUGUCCCACCGCGCCGGCCUCUCCUGCAGCCCGCUGGGCGAACCCUCGCCUGCCGGCUCCGAGGGCUCCCAGAAGCCACCGCAGGCCCCCCGCCAGGAACCCGGGCAGAGCUACCGGCCCAUUAUCCAGUCUCCCGGCUACUCGGGCGCAGCCGCCGGCGGCUCCUCCAAAUCCAAGAGCUACUCGGCCUCCCGCCAGACCCCCCGCUCCACCGCCACCCCCAAGUGCCAAAGCAGCUUCUCCGUCUCCGUCGCCAAGCCCAGCUCGGUCAUCGCCAGCCAGUCCCAGGCCUACUCGCCCGGCCAGCCCCAGAGCCUUCUGUCCAUGAGCCAGCCCCAGAGCUACGCCGUCAGCCAGCCCCAGAGCCUCUCCUCUGUCAGCCAGGCCUCCCAGUUCAGUGGCAGCCAGGCGCAGGACCUGACCAGCGUCAGCAAGGCCCAGAGCUACGGCCCGGGACAGGCCCAGCCGGGCGGGCAGGGCGGGCAGGCUGGGCAGGGGCUGCAGCCCUGCGUGAGUCAGAGCCAGGCCUUCUCUCCGGAGCAGCUGCAGGGGCUGUCGACGGUGGGUUACAGCGUCCAGGCCGAGCCCCACGUCUCGGUGAGCCAGACCCCCAGCUACGGGCCGGCCCACUCCCAGGGCAUGCCCACCGCCAGCCCCUCGCUGAGCUACAGCACCGGUCACUCCCCUGCCAUGCCCAGCCACCCGCAGCCCAUCGGCUACGCCCACGGGCAGAGCCUCCCCGACUCCAGCCCCUCACAGAUCGGCCGACCCCUGCAGUCGCCCACGGCCGCCCGGCCCCAGAGCGUGAACUCGCCCGGGCAAUCCCAGAAGUACCUGACGUCAGUGCUGUCGCCUUCCUUCAUGCAGCCGGCGCACGGGCAGAGCUACCCAGGCGUGGAGCGGGCAGCCUCCUAUGGCAAGGCCAAGGCCGAGUCGGACCUGCUGGCGGCCGAGCGGGCGGAGGACGAGGAUUUCCUCAUUCAGCACUUGCUGCAGUCCCAGACGCCGCCCCCCCGAGGGCCAGCCGAGGGGCUGGUGCAGUGUGAGGAGCGGGGGGCCAAGGGGCUGGCUUACGGGGGGCUCAGCAAGUCGGAGGAGCGCUACCACCUGCAGAGCGUCAUCCGCACCAACUCCAACCUGGACAGCCAGGGCCUGGAGCUGUCCCUGCAGGGCCUGAAGGAGAAGAAGAAAGGGGAGCGGCCCCACGCCCGCUCCACCCCAGAAGCGCUCGCCACCUCCGUGGUGCAUUACACGCACCAGGCCGGCUCCUUGGACAGCUACGCCCAGGACAUGAAGAAGUCGGUGGAGCACCUGCAGGCUGGGGCCAAGGACCUGGGCCAGGCCCACUCCUACCUGCAGAAGACCCCCGAGCACGGCCCCCAGCCCCACCGCAUGGUGGGCGAGCCCCCACCCAUGGAGCUGCUGCCCGGCCAGCAGGGGGCGCCGCUGCUGCUGGACUCGUCCCCCGACCUGCCCCAGCUCUCCCUGCCCCCCCAGCAGCAGCAGCAGCAGCAGCAGUCCCAGCUGCUGCAGUCGGUGCUGACGCACACCCAGAGCCAGCUGCAUCCCCGGGCCAAGGUGCACCUGCUGGAGCCGCAGCGCCUGCACCCGCCCGAGCCCCCCUCGCCCCAGCUCCAGCUGCAGGCUCUGGAAGCUCACCUGCACCAAGCCCAUGUCCGGUCGCAGGGCCUGGACCCCCAGCAGUCACCCCAGCUCCAGGGCCAGCUGCAGGCGGAGAACAUGGAGGUGCUGGGCCAGUCCCAGGAGAUCCAGGACUUCCUGGAGCCCGACCUGAGCCUGGAGUCCCACCUGGGCCAGGGUGGGGCCGGCCUGGAGCCUGACUCCUCCCAGCAGGUGCCCCAGGCCCAGCUGGAGGCCAAGGACCAGUUUGAGAGCCCCAGCCCACAGGGCUCCAAGCAGCGCUUCGUGCCCCUCACCUCCAUCUGCUUCCCCGACUCGCUGCUGCAGGACGAGGACCGCAGCUUCUUCCCCGGCAUGGAGGACAUGUUCGGACCGGGGGCCUGUGGCCCCGACGACUUCCCCAAGCCCAGCUGCGGGGAGGACGAGCCGCCCAGCCUGGAGCGGGCCGAGGGCCUGAAGGGGGGGGCCGGCGGCUACGACAUGCUGCCGGCCGGCCAGGGCUACCAGGGCUAUUGCCCCAGCGAGGGUGGGGAUGGCUCCCACCUGGCCAUGGAGCCGGUCAAACACGAGCUGCCCUCCACCGUCAACGCCGAGCCGCUGGGGCUGAUCCAGGCAGGCCACGGGGGGCCGGAGGGGGCGGCCAAGCCAGGCCUGACCUCGCCCAUCUUCUGCUCCUCCAAGCCCAAGAAGCUGCUGAAGACGACCUCCUUCCACCUGCUCAAGAAGCGGGACCCCCCAUUCCAGCCCCCCAAGAAGGCCUACGCCCAGGAGUACGAGUUCCAGGACGACGAGGACAAGGCCGAUGUCCCGGCCGACAUCCGCCUCAACAGCCGGCGCCUGCCCGACCUGCUGCCCGACCUUAUCUCCAGCUGCCGGGCGCGGCCCAGCCUCAGCCCCAUGGGCGACAUCGACUUCUGCCCCCACCACAGCGCCGCCGACGGCCCCAAGAAUCUCCAGCUGGCAUUGCAGACAGGCCGGGAGCCGCCCCCCAUCUGGCGGGUGCAGAAAGCCCUGCUGCAGAAAUUCACCCCCGAGAUCAAGGACGGGCAGCGGCAGUUUUGUGCCACCAGCAACUACCUGGGCUAUUUUGGGGAUGCCAAGAACCGCUACCAGCGUCUCUACGUGAAGUUCCUGGAGAACAUCAACAAGAAGGAUUACGUACGCGUUUGCUCCAAGAAGCCCUGGCACCGGCCGCUGCAGGCCGUGAGGAGGCAAAAUCAGCCCAAGACUUCAGGCCCCAAGGUCCUGGCCCCAGCCAAGGCCGAGAAGCAACCGGAAGCGUCGGAGCGGGCGGAGAUGCCGGAGAAGGGCCCCAAGCCGGAGAAAGGCCCCAAGCCGGAGAAGGGCCCCAAGCCAGAGAAGGUGGAGCGGGCCCCCAAGCUGGACAAGCCCCCCAAGGCAGAGCGGGCCGAGAAGCCGCCCCGGGCAGACAAGCCGGCCAAGGCUGACAAGGCCCCCAAAGCGGAGAAGACAGAGCCCCCGGCGCCCGCCCCCGCUAAGGCUGCUCCGGCUGGUGCCCCCAAACCCAAACCCAAACCCGCCAAGGUAAAGGCGGAGCCGCCUCCGAAGAAGAGGAAAAAAUGGCUGAAGGAGGCUGCGUCCUCCUCGGACUCGGAGUCCAGCCCGGACCAGCAGAGCGAGGAGGGUGAGCCUGGGGGGCGUGCGGGGGGAGGGAAGAGUGGGGAGUCAUACUCCAAUCCUACCCCGUCCUUUUUCCCAUGUUACUGGGGUCACCCCCAUUCCCUCCCCCCUGGGAUAAAUCAGUCUGAAGCAGCCCGUGAAGAGUUACAAAGGGACCUCACCGAGCUGGAGGUGAAAUUUGGGGUCGAUCGAAUCCCCACUCUACAUACGCAAGGCCGGGGCCUGAAUGAGCUGGUCACACUCAAGCAGGAGCUCUGGGAGUCAUUGCAGGUCAUUCUCGGCAAACGUCCGCUCAGUGGGCAGCGGCCGUCAGAAAAGCGAACCGCUGGGCUCCCCCAGCCCCGCCGGCGCCCCUCACUCCCGCCCGCAGCCCUGACGCGUGUCUCCCCGCAGACGUCGGCCAUCGAGGGGCAGGACGCGGACCUGGGCCAGGAGGAGGUGGUCCAGCAGUGCAUGCGGAACCAGCCCUGGCUGGAAAAGCUCUUCGACUCCUUCAGCGACCUCCUGACACAAGCCCAGACCAAGUGCGCGUGACCCCACCGCUGUCUCCCCCCUCCUCCCGCCGCGGCACAGGCCCCGCCCCCAAGGCCGGGCUGGGGAGGGCUCUGGACUGAGGA